AUGCAAAGUGUCGUAGACUCUUCUGCAGACAGCGAGGUUAAAACUGAUCAUUUUCAACAAGAACAAGAACAACCAUCAACACCAAAUGAUGAAGAUCAAGAACAAGUAGAAGUUCCUUCUAUCCUUUAA